UCUCGUAGGUCAUCGCGGCGCAUUAGAUGUGAGGGUGGUGGGCGACUUGCAGCAUAAAUUCGAGAUGUUUUAUGUUGAGCAUGAAACAGACAGCCUCAGUCGUGAUGUUGCACCCAUUAAGUGGCUGGGCUGGUAUUUGUGAGUAGAGCUAGCCAGAACCGUGUUCGUUCGUUCGAGUUCGAAUCGAGGCAGUCUGAAGGGAGCAUUAUUUCGACGACUUGUACACUAGUCUACGUACAUGUUGUAGGUUGUAGCUCGAGCAGAAGCACAGAUAUAGAGAACAGUAAUAAAAUCGCGUUUUUGCUUUCGUACUCCUUUGUACCUCAUCGAAAAAUUUCAGCCUUUUCUAGAGCUAAUUCUAGACAUUUGUAAAAACUGCUUUAGAUCGGAAUAGUGAAGUUUAAAAUAGUUUACAUCCUUGGGAUAUCGGUUGAAGAAUGGUGUUUUGUUGUUUUUGAAGGAUUGAGCAAUUCUGUCGUACAACCAUCUGGAAUAGAAACGGAGUAGCUGCUGGGCAAUUUUGAUGAUUCGGAACUGAUUGGUGAAAAAUUGUGCUCGGUAAAGCUGGGCAAAGUUCUGAAAAUCGAAGAGUAAGGAAACGGUGACAACGAAAGUGCAAUUUGAUAUCGGCUCUCGGAAACGGACCAUAAAAUGGAUUGUCCUCACAUAGGUGAUAAUGUGGUUCUACGGAAAGAAGCAGUCAAAAGCAUAAAGCAGAAUCUAUGCGGGGGAUCACUGGUGACCACCCCAGAUUCUGCUGGAACCCUCCCAGUUGCGGCUAGUUCUCCGACGUCAUUUGCAAAAUUAUGGAAAUGUUCAGAAUGCUCCGGCAAGGAUAAUUGGCUAUGCUUGCAGUGUGGUUCUGUGCUGUGCGGCCGCUACGAAAGUGCACAUGCCCUAAAGCACUCAUCUAAACAAAAUCACAACAUCUGCAUAAAUACCGUUAACUUGUCGGUAUAUUGCUACAAAUGCGACGAAUUCGUGGUAAACGACACAGCGGACAACAUGAUCGACGAGAUCCGGCAGGAGCUGAAGGAUGGCGACGCUGAUUCGGUUUCGGAAACGUCCUCCACCAUGGAAGAGAUCAGCUCAUCGAAAUCUACUCCGGAAAGUGCCAGCGGUAGCACAACUUCCAGCGAUUCCGGCUGGGAGGAACCCACGACGCCAACGACGACAACAUCCGGCGCUGGUUCGUCGGUAGUGUUCGGAUCAGCCGCCGGCAGUGCUUCUCGGAAGCUGAGACCCCGGAAGCGAACCAUUUCGAGCGAUAGCAAUAACGAAAAUGGGCAGAAUGGCAAGCGGAAGUCUGCGGCGGGAAGACGAGUGGUGGGCCUCAGGAACCUGGGCAAUACCUGUUUCAUGAAUUCAGUAUUACAAUCGCUGAGCAACAUCCAGGAGUUCAGUACGUAUUUCAACGCGAUGCCGUCGCUGGAUACGCAGAAGGGCAAGCAGAAGGCGUACCAUUCCCGCAGCAUGAAAGAGAACCUGGAUGACGUAUUCGUGGUCGAGGAGCUACGUAAGGUCCUGUUGAAUCUCAGCCAGGGUGGAGACGGUUCGAAGGGGGCCAUCUCUCCUGAAUGUCUGUUUCUGGUGAUUUGGAAGGUUGUUCCACAGUUUCGAGGUCAUCGGCAGCACGACGCGCAUGAGUUUCUACGCUAUAUGCUGGAUCGGUUGCACAUGGAACUACAGCAGGUCUCGAUUCCGGUUGAUAUUUCUAGCAGCUCCACCAGUAGCUCUGGCGUUGGCAACACCAAUUCACCUCACAAAUCCGGUGAAGUGGUGAAAACUAAUCCAUACAACGUUCACCCGCUCAGCCACCUACACACCAAGGGUCGGAACUCGAUCGUGACGAACGUAUUCGGGGGAGUGCUGCAGAGCGAGGUUCGGUGUCUGGUUUGUGGAAUGGAAAGCAAAAAACACGACCCUUUUCUGGAUCUAUCGUUGGACAUUCCGGAGAAGUACUACAGCAAGGAACCGGUGGAAGGCAUCGAGAAGGACAAGGACGGCACUCCGGUUUGUCACAUUUCCGAUUGCCUAGCGAGUUUCACUGCGGUUGAAGAGCUGGCCGAAACUGAGUUGUACUACUGCAAUUCGUGCAAAUGUAAGCAAAAGUCCACUAAACGGUUUUGGGUCCGGAGGUUGCCCAACGUGUUGUGUUUGCACAUAAAACGGUUCAGAUGGAACAACUUUUACAGAACAAAAAUUGACCUACGGAUAACGUUCCCGAUCAAUGCGCUGGAUAUGUCCCAGUAUGUGCUCCAGAAUGGACCGGAAACCAGACGCUCGAACUCCAGCUGCAACAUCUACGACCUGGCGGCCGUCAUCGUUCACCAUGGAAAUGGUUCCAGCUGCGGCCAUUACACCUCGUACGCGAUCAACAAUGGCGUUUGGAUGCACUUCAACGAUCACUCGGUGAAGGAGGUGAGCACCGAGGCGGUGGCCGAUUGCAAACCAUACAUUUUGUUCUACAUCAAGCGAGAUCCGUCGAAUGUGAGUCGGCUUGGGACUGGAGCUGGCGAUGGCGCUCCAGUACUUAGUUCUGGCCCUGCCACAGUUCAGAAUUCAUCGACGGCAACCGCGUCUUGAGAUUAAGUUGUUCUUUCUUUAAGACUGAUUAAGUAAUUCAACAAAAAAAAUCGAAAUGAGGGCACGUGGCUAGAAACCGAUGCGCUCCGCAAUCUCGGUGAUCUACAAGGAUUCAAGCUGAUCGGGAAUCGGUUCACACUAGGGAUGCAAGAUGCUUUUUUGGAUUCCGAAUCGAUACAAAUGUAAAAAAUUUAAACAGGAAGAAGGGGUGGACACAGGCAGUUUACUUGAAAUACAAAAUCUUUAGAGUGUAAAAAUUAGUCAAAAGAAGAUACAAAUUGUGGGGUCAAUGUUCAAAUCCAGUAGAAAACUACUAUUAUCCAAGAUAGCCAAUUAGCCAAAAAAGUUCGGUACAAAUCAUCCACCCCGGUCCAUUUUCCGGUUCCUCGAAGGCACUUGCGCUGAGAAUUUUACGAGCCCUUCUGGCUGAAAACCAAUGAUUGAAUGUGAUAAACCUAAGCAUUUCAAACAUUUCACUACAUCCACAGAUAUGAAAAUAUUACGCAAAACUGUUAAAGAAGAGUGGCAUUCAAAACGGAUUCAGAAAUGAUGUAGGAUUUUCCGUACAGCUAUACUACUUCCUGGUAAACACUCACGAACCCGAAAAAUUUGCGAGCGAUCCAGAGGAUAAGAUUUAAAUCUUCGGAACGUUUCUAUAGCUAUUGGUUCGACUGUAAAACUGAAUAUUAUUUUCCUGCUGUACGAUUUUAGAAACAAAAUAAGUAAGAGAUUCUCAAAGAGGCCGUUGCGAUUAUUUUGUGAUUUUAUCCCCUUUUAAAAUAAGUUUGUGAUAGGUGAUUAGCUAUAUUUUACAUAUUUCUGCUCAAGAAGGCUUUUUGUUUUCUUUUUAUUUUAUGCGUGCGCUAAAUUUCCCAGUAUAAUUCGAAAUUGAAUUCGUGAUUUGCACUCGUGGCGAUGUGGAGAAACAAGCGGCAGAGUGGAGAUGUAAGAGUUUUAAUAUCCAUUUUUCCUUCUGUAAAAUAAACAGUUUCCAGAGAGUGUUAAACAGUAAAUUUAUUUGUCACCAGUCCAAAGCAGAAAGUGUGAGUUCUUUCUUUCGAUUCAUAGCUUUCGGCAGUUAUCAAAAGUAUUUUGGGUUAAAUAAAAAAAAAAAAACAUAACAACAAAACAACUCAGCAUAUUAUCAUAACCGACAGCGAAAAGAAAACACAAAAAUAUUCAAAAAUAAUAAAAAAUAAAUCACAGCAGUACCGUUGAAGUUGAAGGACACGGAGGAGCUGUAGUCGUACAUAGCCAACCCAAACCGAUAUGGUUUGAGCAACUGAGUACGAAAAACAAAAAGAUUUAAUUAUAUUAAUAUAAUUAAUAUAUUGAGAAAUAAAAUUCUUUAGCUAUCUAUAAUUAAA